UCACUUCAGGCAAUAGAUAAACUGAGGAAAUUUUUCUGAACGAUUUGAAAAUCAAGUGAGAAAAAUUACUCAACUAAAGUUCGGACUCAAUAUUUUACAGCACAACUUUAAAUUCCUUAGAAUCAGUAAUUUAACGUUUGAAUUAAAUUUGAUAAUGGAAAUCAAUCAGAUUAUCCGCGAGUUAAUCCACUCAAAUAGAUGGCGAUACUAAUUAUGUUAAUUAAACUUUUUCAUCUUUUGUUCGAUUAACUUCAAUAUCGUCUGAAGUCAGUGUUCAAUUUUGCAAUUGAAUAGAAAUUGACCAUUUCAAAUUAUCUCUACAAAGUGCUCUCCUUUUCACUCAACCCCAGUUCCAAACUACCAUGAAAGCUCAGGUUUGUGCACCGUUAGGUGAAUUGAGACCUGGACCCGGUGUGACCAUAUUUCAUGGUUCAACUUGUGACAAUCAAUCGUCUGAAUUUAGUGAACAUGUAAGGAUGCCUUUUGAAUUGCCACAUCGAUGGAAUACCGUUCAAUUGGUGGACAAGGAGCUGGAAAAGACGAAAAUAAAAUCAUUUUCAGAAUUGGCUUCGAUAUUGUGUCGAAUCAAUCCGAACUGCAUAAAAGACGAUUUUGAUAUGCUGGAAAGAGUGAUACUAAGUCUGGACGCGGAAAAAAAAUAUAAAAAUUCUAAAAAAUCGGUAGAAUUUUACCGUCAUACUUUUCCGUUCAUCGUGAAAUCGGCUGUGGCAUUGAAGAGGGUUAUUCGUCAAAGGAUUCCAAUCUUGAAACAGAAAAUGAAUCAUUGUCUCUUCUUCGAUCAAGAGCAAAUAUUGUCUCUCCUUGCGAAUGCUUUUCUUGGCACUUUCCCCUAUCCAAGAAAUUCUGAAUUGACUCAUUUCACUCUUCAGCAUCUAUUUUCUAGACCGUGUUGUAUAUUCAGAAAGAAAGAGCAUAAGCUAAGGUCUAUACUCAAUUACUUUUUUCGAGCCUCCAAUAGGUCAUCCAAGUCAUCGCUCAAAGGAGUAGUUUCUUUUCAACGACGAUACUUAGCCCCAGAGAAAAUUCCUGUUUGGUCGAAUUGCUCGUCGACCCUGUCAAAACUGAUCAUCGACAAUCACGGAAGUUUACAAAGGAACGGAAAAGGAAAACUUCGAGUCGAUUUUGCCAACAAAUUUUUGGGAUAUAAAACUUUGAAGAAUGGGUGCGGUCAAGAAGAAGUUCUUUUCUGUACUCACCCUGAACUUAUUGUGUCGGUGCUUUUCACUGAGUCCAUGCUGGACAAUGAAGCGGUCACAAUAACUGGUGCCGAACGAUUCAAUCGCAGCUUUGGCGAAGGCGACUCUUUCCUUUAUCGUGGAAGCCAUAGUGAUGUCACGAAAUUCGACUCUUGGGGUCGUCGUCUUAACGAGAUAGUAGCAAUAGAUCCAAUCAAAUUCGAUCCUGGCGCAGGAUUGAGUCAAUAUUCUACUAAUUUAAUCGAAAGAGAAUUGACCAAAGCAUAUUGUGGAUUCAUGUUGAAUGAAUAUUCGAAUGCAAAUGGUCCCAUCGCUACUGGAAACUGGGGUUCUAAUACUUUCUGUUCUGAUCAUCAACUGAAGUCAUUAAUUCAAUGGAUCGCAGCCUCGGCAUGUAAUCGCGAACUGUUUUACUUCACGGAAGCGAACCAUCGCCUGCUCUCUUUCCAUCUAAUAGCUGCUUCUCUCGAAAAGUUUACAGUUGCAAAACUUUAUCGAUAUUUGACCCACUUUCAAUACUCUCUCGAAAUUGAUAAAAAUACUAAUAGUCGAUAUAACCCAACCUUUACUUUAUUUCAUUGGCUGCGUGAGCGACUAAACAGAAAUACCAAUCAUGUUGUACAUAACAUUGAAUGAUCAGCUCGAAAUAAUUUGUAACCUUGUCAUCUAAUUUAGUUUAUUGUAGCAUCACUUUGAUAAUGGACAUUAAAAAGUUCCAAAUAAUUUGAA